GUGAUAAAGAGUAGAGUAUGGGGGGGAGCAGGGUCUGAGGCAUUCCAAGCCUGAAAGGCCUACUGAUUGAGGACCUGGCCCCCAGAAGCUGGGGACAUUUUCUAAGAACUGCUUUUGUCCCAAGACCUGAUGGCUAGGGCUCCUCCUCAGGAGUCCAGAUGAUUCAGCUCCCGCAGGGGAGAAGCUGGUUCAGAUGGAGACUCCGGGCACGCACAGCCUGGGUGUCCAUUAGCUGCCUGUGGCCAGGCAGACAGAGGGACUGCUGGGUGAUGUCCUAUGCGGGCAGGUACAGAUGCCCACUUCUGGGCCAUUUGCAGAGGGGCUUGGCUGGGGCUGGAGAACCCAAGGGUAGGGGGGUGUUGUUGAAAUCAUAGACUUGUGCCUGGAGUUCUUUCUGAGGCUCUGCAAGCGGGGGGGAUCUGCUGGGUGAUUACCAGGGAGGACAGUGGCCCUGUGCCCUCUGUGUGCUAGGGGCCAAGCUGCAGUGCUGCUUACAUUGUCCCAUCCCACCUCUUCAGCACGUAAUAAGACUGGUCCUGUCCUCGCUGCUGUUUGUGCGUGAGGAAGUUGAAGGUCUGUUAGGAAGGUGACCAGCCUGAAGUCAUGCUGCUGGAGACCUGUGGGUCUAGCCAGCAUCUGUGCUUGGAGGGCCUGGAAGGCCCUGCAAUGUUGUCCUGGGUUGUGGAGCCCCUCUCCCUACUCCUCCCUGUCACAGGGGUCUUCCCGCAAGGCGGUGGGAAGAUAGCCUGGCCUGCACGGCAGGACCUGCUCUCAGGGGCCCAGGCUCUUGGGGGCUUGGCCCUAGCGUCUAGUAGGGCACUCGGGCCUGCCCUGGCUGGUGCUGUCCAUCAGAGGCUUGGUGUGCGACUGGUGCCAGGCAGAGUUUUCUAGGGCCCAGCUUCUGGCUGGGCAAAUCGGGGCAGGUACUAGGGCAGGACUGUACCGUCCAGCCCAACCUCUGCAGGGAUGGCUCUGUGCUGCCCUGGGCUAGGUCUGCAUUGCAGAGUUGGGUCUUGCUUGGGAGGCCAGGGGGCCUGGCUGGUGGGGAAGGCUACUGAGUAUGGUGACUAUCUACUAUGGACAGAUCACCUGGGCUGGGUGUCUGCUGGGGCCAUGGCAGCCACCUGGUGACCACCCAGAGAGCGUCCCUUGCAGGGCUGGUAAGGGUGAGCUGCACGUGGACGUUAGCUGGUCCCUCCCGCCAGACUGGCAGCACUCGGGGCAUCUUGCUUGUUCACCACGUUCCGACGCAGAGCUGAGCUGCUGGGGCUGAAGGCGCAGUGACCCUGCCUCUCCCUGGAGUCCAGGGGAGGGCAGGUGCCAUAUUACCUGAGCCUUUGUUGGGUCUGGAGGCUCCUAGAGGCUCGGUGGGGCCUGGCCCAGGAGCUUGGGUGUCCCUGCAGCCCCCAGGCUCUAAGGAGAGGCCUGGCAGGUGGGGUACCCAGUCCACUCCAGAGCAGUGGGCUUUCAGGGCAGUGCUGGGAGGUCAGCAGUCACACAUUCGGCUGCCUCUGGGUCCCCUCAGGAGGUCCCUGGACUCCAUCCCAAGUCUCCCUCCCUCAGGCCCAGGGCCUGGCUGGGCCACCUGGAGACAGGAGAGACCCCGUGGGUCAGGCCCUGCCUGGGCAGUAUCUCAUCAAGAGGCAUGUAGAACUGGAGCUGGCCACGCGGAACAGUGGGGGGUCCCCAGGCCCUGGUGGGGGUGUCUGAGUGUCCGUGUCCUGCGGGCCCUGGCACGGUUCUUGGUGUCCUGCCUGGCUUCCUCACUGGGACUUCACCAGGCAGCAGGUACUACUUCCUUCCCUGCCUUAUAGAAGCUGUAGUUGUAGCCCUUGCUUUGCCUCUGUCCCUUGGCCAGGGCUCUGAGAGGAGGUAUGACCGGGGCUCUUGUUCUGUACCUCCCACGGGGCGGCAACAGGCUCUGGUGUCCAUGUCCCUUCCCCUCCGAGUCUCUGGCUUCUCCACUGACCUUCAGGGUGGGACGGGAUAGGCUGCUUUCCUCCCUGACCGCUCUCAGAACCAGCCUCACUCCCCCACCUGAGCCAGCCAGCUCACCUUCCUCCUCUUGUACGUUUUCAGUUUUGAACUGACUUAGAAAUUGAGAUUUGAGUGCAGCUAGACUGUGGCAUUUGUGCAGAUGUGGCUUCUGUGAAUGAAGCCUUUGUCCCCAGCCCCGAAUUCCCACUAUCGGUCUUCAGCACACAGGUCACAUCCCUCACUAGACCCCAGGCACAGCCCAUGGGUGCUGAGAGCUCACUCAGCCUCCUCCAGCCCUCAGCUCAGGGUGCGCGGACCCCUGAGGCAAUGGGAUGGAAGCUGGUGUAUUCAAGGCCCCCAUCAUGUACGGGCUUGGCCAGGCAGUGGCCCGUGUACUAACGGUCACUUGAUGUGCGCUGGCUGUUUUAUCCACCUACUAGCAGAUGCCCGGCUGAAGGAGGAGCAGGCCACGUGCCCCAACUGUCGUUGCGAGAUCAGCAAGAGCCUCUGCUGCCGCAACCUGGCCGUGGAGAAGGCUGUGAGUGAGCUGCCCUCCGAGUGUGGCUUCUGCCUGUGCCAGUUCCCCCGCUCCCUCCUGGAGAGGCACCAGAAAGAGGAGUGCCAGGACAGGGUCACCCAGUGCAAGUACAAGCGCAUCGGCUGCCCAUGGCAUGGCCCUUUCCACGAGCUGACGGUGCAUGAGGCCGCGUGCGCCCACCCAACCAAGACGGGCAACGAGCUGAUGGAGAUCCUGGACGAGAUGGACCAGAGCCACCGCAGGGAGAUGCAGCUGUACAACAGCAUCUUCAGCCUGCUCAGCUUUGAGAAGAUCGGCUACACAGGCGGUUACUGCAGUGGCCGUGGGCCUCCUGAGGCCAGCGAGAAGACAGUCAGGGCCAGGGCUCCAGAACGAGCCGAGGGUCCCCAAGUCGAGCUGCAGAGCUGGGCGUGGACGCCCUGGGAUGGGCAGGCUGGACUGCACCCAGGCCCACUGGAUCUCUUGGGCUCUCCUGGCCACCACCACUGCCUUUGGACACGCUGGGGAGCAGGAGUCAGGCCAGAAGCUGGUCUAGACACAGAGAACAGCAAGAAGCACCUGCUGUCGCUGGAGCUGCUGGGGGUAUUCUGGUCCUCUCCUGCCCAGCCCACGCCAGGCGGCCGGCUCAGAGCAUCAAGGGCAGCCACAGGCAGCAGUCACACCAUGCUGCCUGGACUGGGCCUGGCGAGGUGUAGGCCUGUGUAGGCCCCACAGGCUGAGGGCCUGGGGCCUCAGCAGCAAAAGGCCACGGCCCCUGAUUAGUCGUAGCCUCAGCCAUCCUGGUGGGCAGCGUAUCACAGACAGUCCAGGCCAGGCCUCGAGGGUCCGGGCAGGCCGAGGCAUCGUGACUGCAAUGGCAGCCGGGCAGAAACAACUGGCCAUCUCCGUGGAGUGACUCGCAGGCCAUGGGCCGUGCUGAGAGGACAGUGUGACAGCAGUCGCCCACUGACGGGCGGGCCUGCGGCCGGCUGGCAGAGCCCAGCAUUGGGCCAGACACUGGCACUCCGCCUCACAGCCCAGCGCAGGCUUGGGUGCCACGCGCCAGCCCUCCUGCCGGCUUUUCUGGCAGCUCUGUAUCAGAACCAAUAAAGUGCACUUGUUCUCAGAA